AGCCAAUGUAGCGUCAGUAACCAGCCGGGAUGCCGUAGAAAACUCUUCAGGCGAUCUUGCCAGCAUCUGAGUCAUCAGGUACUAGUGAGUGCCAUACCCUUCACAAAGACGGUCCUCACCAGCUUCCGUUCCAGUCUGCCAAAAUCCACCCCUGGCGCCAUCACCUGCACUCCCUCGAGCGAACCUCCUUGUCCUAUUGUACAGCUUGACGGAGGCAUAGGUCGCGAGAAGAUGAUCAUGCGAUGGAUUGAUGAGUUUAGACCUCUUCUAAACGAGUUUCAGAUGCGGCAGAUGUGCCCCUCCACAGAAUCGGAAAGUGCACUUUUGCCGACUUCUCCAUGCCCAAACCUGCCCCCUCGUGAUAAAAUCUCGUCGAUGUUCCGCUGGUGUGCUCUUGCCCAUCGUAUAAGCGACUUUCUGGCCCCAAAUACUGCUACAGGGGCGUACAUAAUCUGUAUCGGAUUUGCUAAAGAACUGGCGGUUGAAUUUGUCUACAGUCAUAUGAAUAGGCCUCAUGCUUCCGUGGAAUUUCACAUAGCCUUACUUCCCGAAAUAUAUUCUCAUCCAGGCUGUAGUGGACUGCAAUUUCAACCUCGCCAGGGUUGCGGUAAUGCAGCGUACAAUCUAGACACGCCUGGGGCCUACACCUCGAGACGUAGCAGUUACCAGGGCAGUGAGGCCUCAAAGUCGGCAGAACUUUGUCCGCGUGUCAUCACUGCCGCCAGCCUCCAACUGUCGCCGCAUGCUUCUCAACCCCUCGGCGUCGUCCGACAGGAGCGCAGCAAGGCGCGUUGGAAGACCACCUUUCUGCAUGACAUCACCGAUUUGUCGGUGCAUCCGGGCCCCUUACUUGCAACCGCCAAGUCGGAAGGUAACGGCCCUAACGCCCCCGGCAACUGUACUACUAACAAAUCGUCCGGUUCUAGGAGUUCUGCUCUUCUCGGUCUCGCAAGUCCGGCCAUCCGUCCCACUCCCAGUCAUGCUGGAGGCUUCGUGAGUUCGACGUCGGCCUCGGCUUCUGAUGCAGGCGGUAGACGAAAAGAGGGCAGAGACGAUAGCUUUUAUCACUUGACCAAGACGGUCGCCAAUCCGGGGCAGAUGGGACUCCAGACAUGCCCUCUGAUCGUAUGCUCCGGCUCCUUGAAUAUGCGCGAUCGGCGAGCCAGCGAUCAAAGCGUCCACUCCAAUUCCGGUUCUGAGGCUCGCGGGCAGCCAAAUCAGUCAGACAGCAUGACGUCACAUUCACUCCCCGGAAUCCGGUUGCCAAGGAAGCAGUAUCCGAUGCCACCAGCGACGCCGGCAGAAUCUACACAAACCCCGUCGACUCCGACGAUGUCGGUGGCGUCGGCGAACGUAAACAUCGAGCCUAAGGAGGCUGAUAAGAGGGAAUGCGUCCAAGGUGACAAUUUGGCCAAGCCCAACUCAAAGACGCACCGGUACGAGCAUCAACUCCUCCGGAAUCACCAUAGCGACGGCGGUGUAUACGAGGACAAAGGCAAGAUGGAUGACGAAAGUAAGCAGCAGACGAGCCGUUCGGAGUUGUCCAGUUCCGGUCGAGCUGACCGGAUCGUCUCGCCGGGCAGGACGGAGGCUGGUUCAAGAGUGAACGAAAUCAGCGACGAAGAUGGCGUGCCGCAGCGUAUGGAUGGAGUAGAGAUGUCACACCGGCCCGUUGAUGUGUGCCGUCACGAUACGCAUGUCCGGAUUUCGAUUCCCUGUGGUCGGGAUGAUGAAGCCUAG